AUGCGUGUAUGGAUGAAGCAGCAAGUACGGAAAUGGGAUGCAUGGAAUGAGUCACAGAUGCAUGGGAUGCCUCAAACGGACGCAUGUGAUGAUGGGAUGAGUCACGGACGCAUGGGAUGCCUCAAAUCUCCUAAAAGGUUGGGAUCUUCACUUGUUGCUGGUGCACAACCUAGCGCAUGGUACUCCCAGUCUAAGCUGUUUGCAUUUGGGUUUUACCCACAAGGAGCUGGUUAUUUGGUUGCCAUCUGGUUAACGCUUAAAGAUAAAGAAAACGCAAACAAGGUUGUGUGGACUCUUGGCCGAGAUAACCCGCCAGUGUCACCAAAUACCACGCUGAACCUUACCCAUAAAGGGGAGCUGGUAUUAAUUUCGGAGAAGGGCGAUAUUAGAAAGCCCGUAACAACUGAAGCCAGUAUUUCGUUUGCUGUGUUGGAAAACAAUGGAAACUUUAUGCUGUACAACAAUCAUAUGGAGGUAUUGUGGCAGAGUUUUGACAAUCCUCCUGAUACCAUUUUGCAAGGCCAGAGUCUGCGUGGUGGGAUCGAAUUGGUUUCUAGUACCUCUAAAACCAAUUACUCGAGUGGACGUUUUCAUAUCAAGAUGCAGACGGAUGGUAAUCUUGUUAUGUACCCAACAAACACGACAGAUGAACCUCUAUAUGCUUACUGGGCUACCGAGACCUAUGUGGGUCCAUUAACGAAAUCAGAGAGCUACCUGCAUCUAAAUGAUACGGGAUUGCAGCUUCUUGAUAACCGUACUUCAACAGCCAUCCAGUUUUUAUAUACAGAACUUUCUUAUCCUGUCAUGUAUCGUGCAACGCUAGGUUAUGACGGAAUCUUUCGGCUAUAUGCUUACAGACAUACUAACUCCUCCCCUUCUUUAGUAUGGAGCAAGCCAGAUGAUCCAUGUGAUGUGAAAAAUUACUGUGGAUUUAACAGCUAUUGCACCAGAAAUGGAACAGAGCAGCACUACUGUGUUUGCCUGCCGGGUUCUGAUUUUAUAGAUCUUGAUCAGAAAUCUAGUGGCUGCCAAAAGAAUUUUACAGAUAAAAGGUGUGGAAGCAGAAACGAAAACGUGACAUACUACAACUUGGCUACAGAAGAGCAGUUACUGUGGGAAGAAGACGGUUUCUACUAUCGAGCUAUUGCUGACAACAAACAGGACUGCAGCAAAUCCUGUUUGGAGGAUUGUGACUGUGACGCCGCUACUUUUCUAAAUGGUUAUUGUUCCAAAUACAAGUACCCAUUGCGAUAUGUACAUGUUGCAGAUGUAAAUGCUUGGCUGAGUUUCUUCAAGACGACCAACAAUGCAAGCCUUUAUGUCCAACCCAAUGAAUUCUUUAAUAGUAGUUCUGUAAGGAGGGUGCCACAGGCGGGGGACAAGGUGGUGGUAACCACAACUACAAGCAAGAAGACAUGGAUUCUAAUUCUUGUAAUAACCAUCGGGUUUUCCAUCUAUUCCUGCAUUUCCUUAAGUUUGUCAGGAUAUUUCGUAUUCAAGUUCCGUCUUCUAAAGUACAAGAGAUUGUUGGAAAGUAAAACUUUGGGGUUGGCUGAGGACCUCAUCCUAAGAUCAUAUUCAUACAGCGAGCUCAAAAAGGCAACAAACGGGUUCAAACAAGAACUAGGAAGAGGCUCAUUUGGGACGGUCUAUAAAGGGUCUUUAUACAAAGGGAAGAAACCGAUAGCGGUGAAGAGGCUCGAGAAGGUGGUGGAUGAAGGCGAAAGAGAGUUCCGAGCCGAAAUGCAAGUGAUUGGGAAAACUCAUCACAAAAAUCUAGUGCGACUGCUCGGUUAUUGUGCCGAAGGUAAGACCCAAAGGCUUUUGGUUUAUGAAUACAUGAGCAAUGGAACCCUUGCGGACUGUUUAUUUAAAUCCGAACGGCUUCCGUACUGGUCUGAAAGAGUGCGAAUCGCGCUAGACGUUGCGAGAGGAAUCCUUUACCUUCAUGAAGAAUGUGAAACUCCCAUCAUUCAUUGCGACAUAAAGCCCCAAAAUAUUUUAAUGGAUGAUUUCUGGACUGCUAAGAUCUCCGACUUCGGGUUGGCCAAACUAUUAAUGCCAGAUCAAACCAAGACAUUCACAAUCGUCCGAGGGACUAGAGGGUACUUGGCACCCGAGUGGCAGAAAAACUCCCCAAUAUCAUUGAAGGUUGAUAUUUUUAGCUAUGGAAUUGUGCUGCUUGAAACCAUAUGUUGCAGAAGGAAUCUAGAUGUACACGUUUCAAAUCCGGAUGAGAUUGUUCUUUCUAGUUGGGUUUACAAGUGCUUUGAAAGGGGGCAAUUGGACCUGCUUGUUAACCUUGAAGAAGUGGAGAAGGAGGCAUUGGAGAGGCUGGUCAAAGUUGGACUUUGGUGCAUCCAGGAUGAACCUGCUCAUCGUCCCUCUAUGAAGUGUGUGUUGUUGAUGUUAGAAGGGAUUACUGACAUCGCGACUCCUCCUUGUCCAACUUCCACUUGGUAA